AUGCCGAGAACCCCACCACUGCUGUCCCACACACGCUGGUGGAGAAGCCCGUUCCCUCAGCUUGGCAUCGUGUGUGCCAUGUGGAGUGGGCUGCGCCUUUUUCAUCCUUGGGACGGUCUUGCCUGGAAGGCCCUACGCACCUUGCGUAGCGUCAUCUCCAGCCUUGCACUUGAGCCUGAAACCCACAGCGCCUCCCUGGAAGUGUCUCAGCCAGAGAACCUCUAUUUGCCAGGCUUGUGGCCGCUACGAUUGCACUGCGCAUGUCGUGCCGCCUUGUUCUGCGGGGUGGCGCCAUUUGGAUGUUGGGUGUUCCGGGGUCUGCUGGUAUUGCACUCCUCCGCAGCCUUCUGCCAACGGCUCUCUUCAAGUUUCCCGUCCUUCAGGGUCACUGUCUUUUUGUCGCCUCCUCUCCGGCCUUGCCUGAGCAUGAACGGCUUCCCUUGCUUCGGUCGAUCUGUUUCAGUGGGAAGCCCUGCUGGUCUUCUCCACUUGGGCUCUCUUUCAGAGCUCUUCUAG